AUGGAUGGUACAGAUGGUGAUGAAAUAUCAGAUCUUGCAGCCAGUCUACACAUGUUCUCAGAUGGCCUAGCAGUGGAAUCCACUACAUGUCUACCAGGGGAGUCCAGAGGAGAUUCUGUGCUGGUUUUGCAUGGUCUAUAGGCUUUCUCAUACAUUAAUCACACUUGGCCAUUUGUCUGCAGUGAAUGUGUCACACCAUUUUCAGUUUGCAUAAAGUCUCAAAUGAUUAUAGGCAUUGGGCUAUGCAAAUAUUGAAAAUCAUAUUUCAUGUGAUGAAAUCUCUGUAUUGCUCCUUGCUACCAGGUGUGAUGGUGACUACAGAGAACAUGGGUGUGGAUGAGGAGGAGAGCAUGUUGAAAUACUCCACCACCCUCACGAAUAGGCAGCGUGGGAAUGAGGUCACAGUCAGACCAGCUACUUUAGACAGUAAGUAUGGCUGUCUGAACUCAGAAAACACAAUCCUCUUUGUUCAUGGCAAAAUACCUUAAACACUGCUGUGUAUACACACGCAUUCAUAAUCUAUUAGGUAAUGCACUGUUACAGGAAUGACCCUAAAAGACCUCUGUAGUUUUAUGUACACUGUUUAUGUAUAUGCCUGUGUAUUUUUAUAUAACUGAGGGAGAUUAAGGUAUAUUAUGCAUUUAAUUUGGUAUAUGGACAAUUAAAUGUACAAAACACUGACCCUUUGGUGUCUCAUCAGUUCUGUCCAUCCACCAGCUAGCUGCCCAGGGGGAGGUCUUACAGGUGGCAACACACCUGAGCAAAGGUGAGACAUUUCCAUAUCCACUGACCAAUGGUGCAAAGAGGAGAACUUGCCUGAUUUGUGUAGCCUGGUGACACCAGCAUGAUUGCUAUGACUUGUGGGCUGUGUCCUGUGUAAUAUUAAAACGUUGGUUGACCUUGCAGACAGUUCAUUACUAAACUGCCAGGAUGAACGGGGCUUCACUCCUCUCAUGUGGGCAGCAGCGUUUGGAGAGAAAGCCAUGGUGGAUUUCCUCCUGGAAAAUGUUAGUGACAUUUCUAGACCCUUGUUCAUUGAAUUCAAUGGUUAGUCAUAAACAGAGUGGUGGUUGAUUGUAACCUGUGUGGCUGCUAUGACCUUGUGUGGUGUGUCUUAGGGGGCAGAUCCUAGUACUAUAGCAUGGGAACGGGAGAGUGCCUUGACCCUGGCAAGCUCGGGAGGCUAUGCAGUCAUAGUGAAACGUCUUCUUGAACAUGGAGUAGAUAUCAACGCUUAUGACUGGGUAAGGGUGUAAAUUAGGAUUCUUGAUUUCUUCAGAAAUAACACACAUCAGUCUUCAGUAUGUUUUUGGGUGAUUUUAUUAAUUGGAUGUUUUAUGUUUAAGAAUGGUGGUACUCCUCUCCUUUACGCUGUUAGAGGGAACCAUGUAAGGUGUGCCGAGGCCCUCUUAGGUACGUUGCCUCAUACCCCUGCACACAGUUAACCUUCAUUGUAAUUAAUUAUCUCAAACUAAAGUACUGUAGUCAUCUCAAAGUGGCACAAAUCAAUAUGAUGGUCUUGUGAUUGUAAUUCAGAUAAAGGGGCAGACAUGAACAUUGAGGCAGAUUCUGGGUAUAGUCCAAUGGCCUUAGCUGUUGCCCUCGGACACAAACAAGGUAAGCACCCUCUCUAAUCUGUCACCUUAAAGUAAAAAAACUUCCCUGGCAAAAGUAAAGCAUGGUUUUGUAAAUCAUGUUUUGUUUCAGUCCAAAAGGUGUUAGAGGACCAUAUUCUGAAACUCCUGAAGAAAAAAGCAUGA